AUGUCGAACCCCAGCGUAAUCAUCUUUGGCGCCACUGGCAGCAUUGGCUCUAUAGCUGCUCGAGUGGCCAAUGAGCAAGGAGCCAAAGUCUUCCUCGCCUUGCGAGAUGUUAACAAACCCAUUCCCGGACUCAGCCCCGAUGAAGAGCGAGAGCGUGGAUUCGAACGACUACAAGCCGACCUCACGGACGCGGAGAGCAUCAAGGCUGCCGUGGUCAAAUCAGGCGCCAAACGCGCCUUUAUCUACUUGAUGUUUGGAGUGACAGAUGGCAUGCGCCCAGUCAUCGAGGCACUGAAGUCUGCUGGCAUCGAGUUCGUUGUCUUCCUCAGCAGCUCGAGCGUUACAGUCGAAAGCACCAACAAAGGAGACGACCUCACGACCGUGCCGCCGUCCGACUUCAUCGCCUUCUCCCACGCUCAAGUAGAGAUUAACCUCCAAAACACAUUCGGCAAAGGCGGCUACGUGGCUGUGCGGCCUUCUUAUUUCGCGACCAACACAUUACAAUGGCGCUCCAUGGUCCGCACUGGCGAGGUGAAGCUGGUGGCACCAAACGUGUCUUUUGACUACAUCGCGUCGUCCGACAUCAGCCGCGUAUGUGCGGGAUUCCUCGUUCGUGGCCCAAAGUCUCCUGAUGGCUCGCCCAGCCCGGCAUUCGUAACGCUGUGUGGACCGCAACUGCUGUCUCAGAAAGACGCUCUGGCUGCCAUAGGCAAAGCUCUCGGCAAGGAGCUCACACUCAAGGGCGUGGAUCAAGAGGAAGAGGGCAUCGAGGUGUUCAAGGCCAAUGGGAUCCCGGAGAAUAUUGCCAGAGACCUUGUGAGGAAGCUGAUUUCUAGAUCGAAAGGCAACGAUCGUCUCUAUGCGGACGACCUUUAUGCGGAAGCAGUCGCUAAUGUGGAAAAGUAUGGCGGACAGCCUGCCACAGGCUUUGCUCAAUGGGCAAGUGAGAAUAAAGAGCAAUUCCUGUAA